AUGGCCAGCAGAAGGACAUACCUGGUUCUGGGAGUUCUGCUGUUUGUAUGGGCCGAGUUGGGCACUAAAGGCCAAGAAGAAGAAGAGGAAGAGACCUGCAGAUUGAUGCGAAAGUUUGAUUUGAAUGGUUAUGUGGAUGCCAAAAACCAUUCCAUUAUUAUUGGAGGUCUGUUUCCUAUUCACUCCAGGACCAUCCCAGAAAACGAGUCUAGUUUCGAGCCAGUGUCAGCCCAAUGUGAAGGGUUCAACUUUCGAGGAUUCCGCUGGAUGAAGACCAUGAUCCACACCAUCCAGGAGAUCAAUGAGAGGAAGGACAUUUUGCCCCAGCACACUCUGGGCUAUCAGAUCUUUGAUACAUGUUGCACCGUGUCCAAAGCUAUGGAGUCAGCUGUGGUCAUGCUCAUGGGGCAGGAAGAAAACAAACCCAACAUAAGAAACAGCACCGGGGCCUAUCUGCUAGGAGUUAUUGGAUCAGGAGGCUCAGCCUUAUCGAUUGCCACUUCAAGACUCCUGAGCUUGUACAGAUUACCUCAGAUGGGCUAUGCCUCUACCACCACACUUCUGAGUGAUGACAUUGAGUUUUCAACUUAUUUCCGCACAAUAGCAAGUGAUAAAAUCCAGGCCCAUGCGAUGGUCAAACUAGUCCAACACUUUGGCUGGGUGUGGGUGGGCACCAUCGCAUCUGAUGAUGAUUAUGGAAAAUAUGGAGUAAAGGAGUUUAAAGCAAACUUAGAGGGGCUCAACAUCUGCAUUGCGUUCUCUGAAACCAUCCCCAAAGUCUAUUCCAAUGAGAAAAUGCAAAAGGCUGUCAAUGCUAUUAAAGGCUCCUCCGCCAAAGUCAUCGUGCUGUAUGCCUCUGAUCUGGACCUCAGUCCCUUCGUGCUGGAGAUGGUGUACCACAACAUAACGGACAGGACAUGGAUAGCGAGCGAAGCAUGGAUCACCUCGGCCCUCUUGGCAAAACCUGAAUACUUCCCCUAUUUUGGUGGAAGUAUUGGGUUUGCAGUGCCAAGAAGUGACAUCCCGGGGUUGAAAGAAUUUCUUUAUGACGUGCAUCCCAGCAAGGAUCCAAAUGAUGUCCUGACCAUCGAAUUCUGGCAGACAGCAUUUAACUGUACUUGGCCCAAUAGCAGUGUUCCUUACAAUCUGGACCACCGAGUGAAUAUGACCGGGAAAGCGGACCGACUGGAGGCCACAUCUGAUCGGUUGUGUACUGGAGAGGAGAGGCUGGAAGAUCUUAAAAAUACCUACCUGGAUGUGUCUCAGCUGAGAAUCACAAACAAUGUCAGACAGGCUGUGUACGCCCUGGCUUACAUCAUGGAGUUUCUUAGCAAGUGUAAGGCUGGAAUUCCACCAGAAGCUAACAGUAGAUGUUCCGAAUUAAAAACCAUUGAACCCUGGUCUCUUGUUAACACUCUGCAUUUGACCUCCUACAAGAUUCUUGAUGAAAUCCCCGUGAAAUUUAAAAGUAGUGGAGAUAUCACAUCUGGACACUAUGAUAUUCUAAAUUGGCAAUUAGAAGGCAGCAAAGAAGUCGUCUUUGUGAAGGUGGGAGAAUAUAAAUUCGACGAGUAUAAAGUGGAAUUCAUUCUCCCAAGGAAUUCUACCAUAUUUUGGAAUACUGUGUCAUCGAAGGUUCCGCAUUCGGUGUGCACCGAUCUGUGUCCCCCUGGGUCGCGGAAGGUAAUUGAGUACGGGAAAGAGAUCUGCUGCUUUACCUGUGUCCCAUGUGCUGAUGGAUAUGUGUCUGAGAAACCAGAUAAGAGGGAGUGCACGAAGUGUGGUGAGGACUACUGGUCUAAUGAAGACAGGAGCAAGUGUGUGCUCAAAGAGGUGGAAUUCCUGGCCUAUGACGAGGCCCUGGGCUUCACCCUGGUCAUCCUGUCCAUCCUCGGGGCCCUGGUGGCGCUGGCGGUCACCGUGGUCUAUGUGCUCUACAGGAGGACUCCCCUGGUGCAGGCCAAUGACCGGGAGCUGAGCUUCCUCAUCCAGGUGGCGCUCCUCAUCAUCAUGCUGUCCUCUCUGAUCUUCAUCGGCAAGCCACACACCUGGUCCUGCAGGGCCCGCCAGGUCACUCUGGCCCUGGGCUUUACUCUUUGCCUCUCCUCCAUUCUGGGAAAGACCAUUUCACUCUUCCUGGCCUACAGAAUUUCUGCCUCCAAAACUCGGUUCCUCUCCAUGCGCCCCGUGUUUCGCAAGCUCAUCGUGUUGCUCUCCGUGCUGGUGGAGACUGGCAUAUGCAUCGCCUACUUGCUGAUGCGCCCCCCGAGGGUGUACAAGAACAUGGAGUCUCAGGUGAUCAAGAUCAUUCUGGAGUGCAACGAGGGUUCUAUCGAGUUUUUGUGCGUCGUGUUUGGGGUCGACGUCUUGCUGGCCUUCCUGUGCUUUCUGAGCAGCUUCGUGGCUCGCCAGCUGCCAGAUAAUUAUUACGAAGGCAAAUGCAUCACUUUUGGCAUGCUGGCCUUCUUCAUCAUCUGGAUCUCUUUUGUGCCCGCCUACUUGAGCACCAAAGGCAAAUUCAAGGUGGCCGUGGAGAUCUUUGCCAUCCUGGCAUCCAGCUACGGUUUGUUGGGCUGUAUAUUUGCUCCCAAGUGCUUCAUCAUUUUGCUGAGGCCGAAGAGGAACACAGCCGAGACAGUUGGGGGAAGAGUGCCCACUGCAGAUAAGAGCAUCCAGCUGACGUCUGCAUCUGUGAGCAGUGAGCGGAAUGAGACCGCCGUGUCCACAGUUCUGGAUGACUAG